AUGACAAUCAAAAAAGAAAUUACAGGGAUAGCAGUCUUCAUUGUGUGCAGUGUGCAAAGUGCCCCGACCACAGAAAUAAAUCCGGGAUGCAAGGUUACAAUAAACCAAGCUCAUCAAUACUACUCUAAUCCCUGCGGGGGACUGUGUUUACACCUUACCCGUGACUCUGUGAUGACGCAAGUUUCGAAUAUGGCGGGAAGGGCAAAUAAGGAAAUAGCCAGUUACCUAAGUCAAAGUAGAACUUUCAUUUUCCAACAAACGAGUCCAGAGCUUGACCAUAUGAAUUUCCCAUUAUUUCAAAAGAUGGAUACAUAUGAAGAAACAUUAAAAAGAACAUAUGUGGAUCUUGCAAUAUACUUCACAUUCUGUAUGCAAGUUAAACAGUUUGAGCAAGAUUCAAAUUUACAAUUCUCUCCACCACACUUCAUACAUUACAUUGAUAUGACAUUGUUGCAUAUUAUGAGAGACAUUGCUGCCGGGUUGCAAGACGCACAUUUUGUUGCUCAAAUUCCAAUUGUAUCUCGACACUGUUUAUCAACAGAAUUAUUGAGAUAUCAAACACAAAAGCAAAUAAUCAUGAAGAAUUUAAACUCAUAUUUCCAAAGUUUACGUUUAUUCGGAUUGUCCGCAUAG